GGAAGAAGAGGAACAAAAAAUGUCUCUCCGGGAAGGUUUGUUUACAUCCGCGGCGCAACAACAACGCGGCCGGCUGCUGUCCACAUGCCCCCUGAGACACCCCUGAAGAAGGCUAUUAUACACAUGUACUAGGAUGCUGAGAGGGCCGGCCAGAUGGGUGGUGCGGAGGUGGAUGGUCAAUACCACCACCACCUUCAACACCACCACCCUGCUGGCUCCCCUACCCCCCCCUGCUGUCACGAGAGGCUGCCUGCUAAUGAGACCUCCCACCCUUGACACAUGUAGACUCCUGUGCUCUGUGGUGGCAACAGGAGCAGACAACCAAACAUCAACCGAAGACUCUGCCAAACCCACCACCGAAGCAACCAAAGAAGCACCAUCAACCACCACCAUCACCUCCGAGAAAGAAGUCACUGCCUGCCUCAACCGCAUAACCGAAACCCUGAACUGCAACCCCAAACUCAACCCAAAACACCGUCUCAGCAACCUACCAAAAAUAUUCAAGAUCUUACUCGCGCUCGAAAUCUCGCCGCAGACCAUCGCAGACCAGCUUACCGAGACCCCAGACCUGCUAGACCACACCCCGAAGGCCUGGCGGGAGACCUCUAGUGUGCUGGCGGACCAUGAGUUGCCCGGGCUUAAAAUUCUUCAAAGUGUUGCGAUGGUACCAGACAUUUUAUCGGUCCGCCCCGAGACCCUAAACCAGACUCUUACGACCUACAGGUUCAUGAGUGUCGGCCGGCAGAGUGUGGUGAGGCAUGUUGGGAGGAACCCCAUGCUUUGCCUCACCAACCCGAAGAAGGUCAAGAGGAAGCUGUUGACCUUGAGUCAGAUGUUCCCUCCGACAGAGUUCAAACUCCUACUCAAGAAGAAUCCCAAUGUGCUCACCGACCCCUUUGAUGACACCAUGGCCAAGAUUCUCUACGUCCAUGAGGUGAUGGGAUUGGAGCAGCCGCACAUCGCCAGUUCCAGGUGUCUGAGGCAGCCGCUGGCACACCUUAGGGCGCGACACACGUUCCUGGUGCGCGCCGGCCUGUACCGAAAACCAAAUUUGUUGAAAGAUAAACAGAGCCAUCGGCGGAACCCUUCCCUCGAGAUGAUCAUGGACACCUCAGACAGACACUUUGCGAACAGGGUGGCACGGCUGUCCACUGAGGAGUAUGACGUCUUCAAGAGGAUGAUGGAGGAAGAAGAGGAGGAGGAGGGGGAGGGGGAAGAGGAAGAGGAGGAGGCAGAAGAAGAGGAGGAGGAGGAGAAUUUGAGGAAGAGAGGUUACAAGAGAUAUAGGUAGGGAUUUCUGGCUGCCCUCUGUGUGUGUGUGUGUGUGUGUGUGUGUGUGUGUGUGUGUGUAAAGUUGUAAUUCAUUCUGUAAUCUUGUGUAUAUUAAAAAAACCUCAUUGAUAUCUUUCUUUUUAUAUCACUAUUACUACUACUACUACUUAUUCAUAGAAGGAGGAACUGAAGUCUUUAUUUAUUUAUUUAUUUAUUGGCUUUUUACUUCCAUUUUUGGGCCGUAGUUGUUGGUUAGGUUGGCGGAGGAUAGUUAGUUUGGCUUUUUACUUCCAUUUUUGGGCCAGAGUUGUUUGGUUAGGAAGGCAGGCAAUUGUUCCCGACUAACAUGGGCCCUAACUAUGGCACUCAGUAACUCAUACAUAACUUAUACAUAACUAUACUACAUGUUUUACAAUAAUACAGAAUAGUGGUAACGUGUCAAUGACUUCUACUAAGCUACAGUAUUAUAUUAGGAUUAGAAAGAGGAGGAGGAGGAGGAG